AUGUCUGUCAUUGCUUCCCCUUUAGAGGCCAGAGAACCUGACCACUGGUGCUGGUCACCCAAUAGGGGACAAGCUGAAUAUAAUAACAGCGGGUCCCCGGGGGCCCCUCCUAGUGCAGGACACCCCGUUCAUAGACGAGAUGGCCCACUUCGACCGCGAGCGCAUCCCAGAGAGGGUGGUGCACGCCAAGGGAGGCGGUGGGUGUCCAGCACUACCAAUGAAUUUAACAGACAGACACUGUCCCCUGUAGCUCAGUUGGUAGAGCAUGGCGCUUGCAACGCCAGGGUUGUGGGUUCGUUUCCCACGGGGGGCCAGUAUGAAAAUGUAUGCACUCACUAACUGUAAGUCGCUCUGGAUAAGAGCAUCUGCUAAAUGACAAAAAAUGUAAAACAAUUUAAUAUACAGUGAGCUCCAAGUAUUGGGACAGUGACAUUUUGUUUUGUACUCCCACACUUUGGAUUUGAAAGGAUGCAAUGACUAUGAGGUUAAAGUGCAGACUGUCAGCUUUAAUUUGAGGGUAUUUCUGUCCAUACCGGGUGAACCGUUUAGAAAUGACAGCACUUUUUGUAAAUGGUUCCCCCAUUUUAGGCGACCAAAAGUAUUGGGACAAAUUCACUUAUACGUAUAUGUAUUAAAGUAGUCAAAAGUUUAGUAUUUGGUCCCAUAUUCCUAGCACGCAGUGAUUACAUCAAGCUAGUGACUACAAAGUUGUUGGGAUGCAUUUUCUAUUUGUUUUGGUUGUGUUUCAUAUAAUCUUGUGCCCACUAUAAAUAAAUGGUAAAUAAUGUAUUGUGCCAUUUUGGAGACACUUUUACUGUAAAUAAGAAUAGAAUAUGUUUCUAUACACGUCUACAUAAUCCUGACUGAAUCGUGAAUAAUGAUGAGUGAGAAAGUUACAGAGAAUAUCAUACCCCCAAGACAUGCUAACUUCUCACCAUUACAAUAACAGGGGAGGUUAGCAUUUUGGAGGGGAUGAUAUUUAUGCCUCUGUAACUUUCUCACUCAUCAUUAUUCAUGAUUAUCGGUAAUCAUGGUAGCGUCCACAUUAAUGUAGAAGUGUUUAGAAACAUAUUUUAUUCUUAUUUACAAUAAAAGUGACUACAAAAUGACACAAUACAUUAUUUACCAUUAAUUUCUAUUGGGCACAAAAUAAUCUGAAACAAACAGCAAAUGCAUCCAACAAGUUUGUAGAGUCACAAGCUUGAUGUAAUCAUUGCGUGCUAGGAAUAUGGGACUAAAUACUUAACUUUUGACUAUUUUAGUACACGUAUAAGUGAAUUUGUCCCAAUACUUUUGGUCCCCUAAAAUGGGGGGGACUAUGUACAAAAAGUGCUGUCAUUGCUAAACGGUUCACCCGAUAUGGAUGAAAAUACACUCAAAUUAAAGCUGACAAAUCCAACGUGCUGGCGUACAGAGCCAAAACAACAACAACAUUAUCACUGUCCCAAUACUUUUGGAGCUCACUGUAUUUGUCAGAAACUGUUUUAAGACAGGCUGAAAUGACAGAGCUGGACAGUCAGUUAGACGCCACUAGAUUUGUUCUUAAGAGUGGACCCUCACAAAGUAAUGGUAUAGGGGAAACACUUCCCCAGACAGGUCUAUCACAUUUGAAGUAAACAUACUAGAAAGUGUUGGCCUACUUCUGUAAACUACCAACUGUAAACUGCUCUCUAGUCUACUCGGGGCAGAAUAUUAUAGGACCAUGCUUGAUCAUGUGACGGUGUGUGUUGUUGGCCCACCCUACAGAAGUGUAAAGUGCACCAUGUGUAUGACUUUAUAAUUAGCUGUUUACUCACUAACUAGCCUAAACUAGCUAGAUGUAUACACAGUAACUGACAAUGUUCUGCCUCUUGAUCCACAGGAGCUUUUGGGUACUUUGAGGUGACACAUGACAUCUCUCGCUACUGCAAGGCCAAGGUGUUUGAGCAUGUUGGCAAGACCACACCUAUCGCCAUUCGCUUCUCCACCGUGGGUAAGACAUUAGCCUACAUUACUUUUUAUUUUUGCAUAUUUUCCUGGUAUUUACUCAGAACAUACAUGGUAAAAUAGUAUUUUGAGGCUGCUCACUAUGGCUUUUCUAUAAAACUGCUACAAACACAUUUACACAGUUGCUUUUGUUUCCCUAAGGACAUGCAUAAAGAAACACUAUCAGAUUUGCUAGCUCCCAAUUCUACUACUGCUACUGUAGAGGAGAUGACUAAGAGCAUGCUUGUCUGCAAAUGCAAUGUUUGCCGAUACCAGAAGAAUCCUGGAAAGAGUCAGGUAGCCUAGCGGUUAAGAGCAUUGGGCCAGUAACCAAAAGGGUGCUGGUUCGAAUACCGAGCCGACUAGGUGAAAAAUCUCCCGACGUGCCCUUGAGCAAGGCACUAAUUACUCCUGUAAAUAUAAAAUGUAAUAUAUAUAUAUACACAUACAUACACUAGAUGACUGACGGGGGCGCUGUCUGAAGCCAACGCGUCUCCAUCUUGGCGUUUCCCCACCAUUGUAAAAAAAAAAUAUAUAUUUUGGAAGCUAUAGAAAUGCAUUUAUUAAUGUCUAAAAAAAAAAUUGUGACGUUUAGUCUAUAUAACAUGAAGACAUUUUUUUUGGUGUAAUAUAUAUAUAUAUAUAUAUAUAAGAAAUUUACCUUUUGAUGUUAUGGGGCUAUUUUGCUUCCACUGGUCCUGGGGCUCUUGUUAAGGUCAACGAUAUCAUGAACUUUACCCAGUACAAGGAUGUUUUUGCCAAAAACCUGGUUGCCUCUGCCAGGAGGCAGAAACUUGGCCGAAAGUGGAUCUUCCAGCAAGGCAAUAACCCCAAGCACACAUCAAAAUCUACAAAGAAAAGGUUAAUUGGCCACAAAAUCAACAUUUUGCAAUGGCCAUCUAAGUCCGGAAUAGAAACCCAUUGAAAACCUGUGGUUUGAAUUGAAGAGGGCAGUCUAUAAGCGCAGACGAAGGAUAUCAAGGAUCUGGAAGGAUUCUGUAUGGAGGAAUGGUCUAAGAUCCUUCCCAAUGUGUUCUCCAACUUAUAAAACAUUUUAGAAAAAGGCUCAGUGCUGUUAUCCUCGCAAUUGUAUUUGUAUAAAAUAAUACAAUUUUCCAAUUUUUGGGGAUCAUACAAUAUAGCUCAGUAUUUUAAUUAAUGUAUACAGCCAUUUUCGCUCAUCUUUAUCAAGGGUGUCGAUAAUUUCGGACCCCACUGUACAUCAUCAAUACAGCAUUGAAUAAAUACCAGAAAUACCAGAAAAUACACAAUGUCAUAUUUUUUUCUUUUUUCUAAUGUCUUGUGUUUAAACUGUGAGUUUCUUAUCAUCCUAUUUUGUCUCGAACUCAUGUAGCUGGGGAAUCAGGCUCAGCAGACACAGUGCGAGACCCACGUGGCUUUGCAGUCAAGUUCUACACUGACGAGGGCAACUGGGACCUUACUGGCAACAACACCCCCAUAUUCUUUAUCAGGGAUGCCAUGCUGGUGAGUUCAGACACGUUUGAGUCAAGAUUGCGCCUGGGUGUGCCUUGCCAAGAUUCAGUCUUUGUCACAUGACAUGGAAUACAAGGAGUGGAAUGUUAGCUAAACAGACUGGCAACCAGGUUAAUACAUUAGUUCAUCUCUCCGUAUGAUAUUAAAUACCAUUACACAUGAUUUCCCUUUGUUUGUGCAGUUCCCAUCCUUCAUCCACUCUCAGAAGCGCAACCCCCAGACUCACCUGAAGGACCCAGACAUGGUGUGGGACUUCUGGAGCCUGCGGCCUGAGUGUAUGCAUCAGGUGCUGUAUCUGCUCCUCUCUACCCGCCACCAAACCUUUACACGUGCACGCACAAAAGAUAGAAUCGAUUUCACCCCACACUAAAGCCAAAUUCUAGUAAGAACAUGUCAUUAACAGCUUCCAAGCUAUGCCACUAUAUCUAGAAAUGGUGGUUGCUUCAUUAGUUUAAAUAGAUUAUUAUAUCAUUCUUCUACAUACAUGUUUUUAUAUCUUAUAAAAGCUAAAUUGCUUAUGACUGAAGAUGUGCCUUUGUUCAUAAUUUUGUCUUAAUCUCUGUGAAGGUGUCGUUCCUGUUCAGUGACCGUGGUCUGCCCGACGGCUUCCGCCACAUGAACGGCUACGGAUCCCACACCUUCAAGCUGGUCAACGCCGAGGGUCAGCCAGUCUACUGCAAGUUCCACUACAAGGUCAGAGCACAAACUAAAAAUGAUGUUAUGAACAGGAUAGUACAGGACUAGUGAAAUGUGCUACACUUACAUGGAUAUAGGAGUCGACAAUACUUCAUUAACUGAAGGAUGCAAGAGAGUAAUGGUGGGUAAAGAAGGACAUGUAGUUAGAAAAAUUGGGAUGGGUCCAUAGUAACCCAUAGCAUCCUUCCUCUGCUCUCCUCUCAGACCAACCAGGGUAUCAAGAACAUGAAACCUGAGGACGCCGAGCGCCUGGCCUCCACCGACCCGGACUACGCCAUCCGAGACCUUUACACCUCCAUCGCCAACGGCAAUUUCCCCUCCUGGUCAUUCUACAUCCAGGUCAUGACCUUUGACCAGGCUGAGAAGUUCCAGUGGAACCCCUUUGACCUGACCAAGGUACCAUAGAGAGACAAUUUUAAUGCUCAUAAUCUUCUAUUCAAUUAUGUGGGGACGCUAACCUCUUAUAACAUUUUAUCUGUACUUUACAUUGGUUUUUAAAAAAUGUGACAGAAAUACCAGAACUGUCUUAGUAUUCUACUUUGUUAGCCAUUUAAACAAGAUGUCCCAACAAUAUUCUGAGUAUCUAGACAUUUGCACUACUCUGACUUUUCCACCAGAGAGGGGACUUACUCCACAUAACCACUGAAAGAUCUGAAAGUGGUCUGAGAUCUGUUAUGGUAUCAUAGCAUUUGUGAAUGGUAGUAUAAUUGGCAACUGACUCAAUAGCUCCAAUUUAGUCAGGAUAAUUAUUAGGUGAAAAUAGUACAGUAUAGGGGGUCAUGCAUGCUUACAUUUUCUAUUUAAAAAAAUAUUUGUCCUCCAAGAAUGGCUAGAAAUCUCUUGCACAUCCGUGCACCUUGGUUGGCCUGAGAGGUAGCAACUCUUUUUCCUUAGGUGUGGUCUCACAAGGAGUACCCUCUCAUUCCCGUGGGGAGGUUGGUGCUCAACAGAAACCCUGCCAACUACUUUGCUGAGAUCGAGCAGCUGGCCUUUGACCCCAGCAACAUGCCCCCUGGUAUCGAGCCCAGCCCCGACAAGAUGCUGCAGGGGCGUCUGUUCUCCUACCCAGACACACACCGCCACCGGCUGGGAACCAACUACCUGCAGCUGCCCGUCAACUGCCCCUUCAAAACCCGUGUGUCCAACUACCAGCGAGACGGGCCCAUGUGCAUGUUCGACAACCAGGCUGGCGCUCCCAACUACUUCCCCAACAGCUUCAGUGCUCCAGAGACCCAGCGGCAGAACGUGGAGACCAGGUUUAAGGUGUCCCCAGACGUGGGCCGCUACAACAGCGCUGACGACGAUAAUGUCACACAGGUAAUGUAUCUAUGUAGAGCGCAGUGUGCACAUACAGGUAACUGCCAAAAUAAAGGAAACACUUGAGUAAAUGACAGUUCUGGGGGCUCUGUUAUGGGGUGGAGUGCAUUUUUCUGGAAUGGUUUAGGUCCACUCAACCCCUUAGAGGGCAAGGUAAACGGCAGUAAACACACAGCCAUACUGAGUGAUCACCUUCAACCUAUGGUGAAUCAUUUCUAUCCUGAUGGGAGUGGUCUCUUCCAGGAUGGCAAUGCCCCCAUUCACAGGGCAAGAGUGGUCACUGAAUGGUUUGAUGAACAUGAAAACAAUGUAAACAAUAUGCCAUUGCCGUCUCAGUCACCAGAUCUCAACCCAAUUUAACACUUAUGGAAGAUUCUGGAACGGCGCCUGAGACAGCGUUUUCCAUCAACAAAACACCAAAUUAUGGAAUUUAUUGUGGAAGAAAGGUGUCGUAUCUCUCCAAUAGAGAAUCUAUGCCAAGGCACAUUGAAGCUUUACUGAUGGAUCGUGGGGGCCCAAGGCCCUAUUAAGACAUAAGACACUUUAUGUUGGGUGUUUCCUUUAUUUUGGCAGUUACUUGUAUGUAGGGUAUAUUGGUCAAGUUAUUGCUUAACAUUAUGAAUUAAUCUCUAAGGACAAAUUAAUGGGGGGCACCAGUCUGUUAUUGGACAAACAUGGUAUUUUAAGAAGACCUGACUUAUCUUAACAAUAACACAUAAGACAGAAAUUAGAAUAAUAGUAAUAUUUUAUUUAUCUAAAGGUAUAUCUGAUGAGCCUAAUAUCAGAUUCAUGAAUUCAUACGGUUUUCAAGAGCUUGUUUUGUAUUAGAGAAACCCAUAACAGGUAAAAUACAGAAGUUGAAUAAUAAAAAUAGUAAAAAUCUAUGAAUUGAUCAAUGGUUACAGCAGUAAUGAUAAUAGUGGUAUCAAAUCGAUACAGGAGAAUGAUGAAUUAAGUCAUUUGUUUAUCAGCAAACUACUAGAGAAUGAUAUUCUCAAUUUGGAUAGAACAAUGUUUAAACAUUCAAGACUAUACUUAAAGGGUAGGUAGCAUAAACAUAACCACAUGUAACAUAUGGAUUUGCAUUAGUAUAUGCAUCAAUUGUCCCAAUGCAAAGUUACACCUCACUUUUCUAUUUCUGAAGUUAUUACAUUAAACUGAUCAGAAUGCCAAAGUCAUGCCGGGGGGAAAAAGUGUGCCGUGUAACAUAAUAUGGAGGACUUGCAAGCCAGGCUAUUCCCUAUAAUGUAAACUCCAACAGAAAUAACUUAAAAUGUAUAACUCCAAAUUAAACCAAAUAAUUUACACUCAUGACAAAUGGCCCUACUAGCCUGCUAAUGUUACAGGACUGCAUGAGUCAGCCGGUUGCUAUCAACAACUAGCUUACAGUUACAUUUAGGGCUGUCCCCGACCAAAGAAAAUAGUAGUCUGUUCUUUCGACCAAUCGAUUGGUCGAAAUUUUAAAACAUGUGUUUUUCCAUAUAGACACACCCUAUGUGUUUGAAUAAAGUCAACUAUAUGCAUUGAGCUUGUCUGAUGCUUUAAACUCACAGUUUGAUGAAAUAAGACACAAAUGAUUCAAGAGGGACCCAGAGAUCAAGGUAAACAGAAGAAGAAAAAAAGCCAUAUCUCAGACUGCCCAUCUUAAUAUUUUCCUUUUUAUUGGCCAGUCUGAGAUAUGGCUUUUUCUUUGCAACUCUGCCUAGAAGGUCAGCGUCCCGGAGUCACCUCUUCACUGUUGACGUUGAUACUGGUGUUUUGCGGGUACUAUUUAAUGCACCCGCAAAACAGUUGAGGACCUGUGAGUUGUCUGUUUCUCAAACUAGACACUAAUGUAUUUGUCCUCUUGCUCAGUUGUGCACCGGGGCCUACCACUCCUCUUUCUAUUCUGGUUAGAGCCAGUUUGCGCUGUUCUGUGAAGGGAGUAGUACACAGCAUUGUACGAGAUCUUCAGUUUCUUGACAAUUUCUCGCAUGGAAUAGCCUUCAUUUCUCAGAACAAGAAUAGACUGACGAGUUUCAGAAGAUAGUUAUUUGUUUCUGUCCAUUUUGAGCCCGUAAUCAAACCCACAAUUGCUGAUGCUCCAGAUACUGAAGUAGUCUAAAGAAAGCCAGUUUUAUUGCUUCCUUAAUCAGCACAACAGUUUUCAGCUGUGCUAACAUAAUUGCAAAAGGGUUUUCCAAUGAUCAGCUGUUUCCAGCUACAAUAGCCAUUUACAACAUUAACAAUGUCUACACUGUAUUUCUGAUCAAUUUGAUGUUAUUUUAAUGGACAAUUUUUAUUUUAUUUUUCAAAAACAAGGACAUUUCUAAGUGACCCCAAACUUUUGAACGUUAGUGUAUGUAUGUACAGUACCAGUCAAAAGUUUGGACACACCUACUCAUUCCAGGGUUUUUCUUUAUUUGUACUAUUUUCUACAUUGUAGAAUAAUAGUGAAGACAUCAAAACUAUGAAAAAACACAUGUAAUCAUGUAGUAACCAAAAAAGUGUUAAACAAAUAAAAAAUAUAGUUUAUAUUUGAGGUUCUUCAAAGUAGCCACCCUUUGCCUUGAUGACAGCUUUGCUACUUUGAAGUUGGAUCAGGUUAAGGUUUUUCUUCUUCUGGUUAUCUAGAUCUCUGGCGCCCUCUUGAGGCAUCAAAAUGUACGCUUAAAGUAUCAGACAAGCUCAAUGCAUAUAGUUCAUUUUAUUAAAGCACAGCACUCGAUUGGUCGAAAGAACAGACGACAUUCGGUCGACCAAUAUGUUUUUGGGUCAGGGACAGCCCUAGAUCAGCCAGAUGCAAGCCGGUGAUCCGCAGUAGUUUGCUCGGCUUCAAGGGAGAAGGACAAUUUAUAAGAGGAACAUACAACAUACUUUUCACUAACCCCAACCUUUUACGAGGCUCAUGUUUUAUGUGCUGUCAGGAAAUGUGUUUUAGAUUACAUCUUGAUCCAUUGUUGAAUGCAUAGGCCUUCUUUCUUAGAAAAAGGCUUGCCACAUAAAAGUUAGUCGAUCUGGACUUUAUUACCCCGUCAUAUACUGGAGCAAAGAGCAUUCCAGCUCUGGCUCUUCCAGGAUGUGUAGAUUGGGGCCAUAUCCUGGCCCUGUUGGUCAAGCCUGGCACUUCAAAAGGGUUCAAUCAGGGUUCCUGGUCGCAAGAGGUUGAAAGGCCCCUGUCCAGUAAAGAGGGUUGCGCUGCUGUGACGUGAGGGUGAAUUCCUACACAUAGAGAUCUGUGUGCACUGCCAGGCACAAUGAUGAUACGCUCUAUAUAGAACUCUAAAUCUCAUUUUUUAAGCAAUACUACUUUUUUCUGUGUUCAAAUGAUUAUAAAGGUUUUGUGAGUAACUAUAAAUAAAUAAAAUCCCUACUAACUAUAAUGCUUAUCAUGCUUACAAAUGUUUAUAAAUGAUUACAAAGAAUGAAAUAUUGUUUAUUAAUUGUUUAUUAAUGCUUAUUCAUGUGUUGGUUUGUGUGUGUGUGACCAGUUGCUUGACCUUGUGUGUAUUGCAGGUGCGUACCUUCUUCACUGAGGUGCUGAAUGAGGAGGAGCGCCAGAGGCUC